AUGGAGAUCAGCUAUCUGGACAAGCAAGAGGGAUAUGAAAAUGGUAAAGAAUGUCCAGAUAUGUAUGUGUGCCCCCCAAAGAACUGGGAGGCAAGGUCGUGGUCUGGAGAUGGGCAGACGGCCAUCAGGAGCACUCCACUCGACUGGGUUCCGUCUCACUCGAUCGAGCUUGCUCUUGGCUCGAUCGAGUUGUGCCUCGAGUUGGCCCUCUUCUUCCUAAAACCUGUUCCUGCAAGACUUAGCAAGAAAAACAGAGAUAAAAGAUAA